AUGUCACAAUCUCGAAAUAUGACAGCAACGUCGGAUCAGAAAAGCGAGGAAAAGAUGCGUCCCGCCUUUGCGGACUCAAUAAGCAUGCAGGGUCUUCAACCCAUCCUCGACCCGUCCUCGGGGUUGUGCAGAAAGUCACUUUCAAAAAAAAAUAGCUCACCUCCUUUCGACGGGUUGGACUUCACACCGUACCAUCAGCCGGGCUUGUGGGAAGCGUUCUACUCGGUCAACGGGCACAAACCAAAUGACACCAUCAAACAGUGCCGAUGGGAAGUUGGCGAUUGUGGGAUAGAAAAUUUCACUACCACCUUUACUGAUUUUGGAUUCUGCUUUGUAUUUAACGGUGACGGCAGGCUGAAAGCUCGGAACUCCGGACGUGACUACGGUCUGCGGUUGUCCCUUAACACUCAACAAGAGGAGUACCUGCGAAGCUUUGCAGAUCACUAUGGAGCCGGCUUCAAGGUUGCCAUACACCCCUACGGACUGCCGCCAAUCCUGUCUGAGAAAGGAAUUUCAGUUGGGCCCGGGUUCCACACCUCGCUGGCCGUCGACAUCUCUAAGUUGAAGAAUGCAGAUGCGUCCGUGAGCAAGUGCGGGUCUAAGGAGCUGAAGCACUACAGGGACACGCCCUACUCCAUUCAGGCGUGCAGGCAGGAGUGCCUCAGUGACUACGUGGUCAGCAAGUGUGGGUGCAAGGAAGUGUUUAUGAAGCGGAAUGACACCCUUAUCUGUGACCCACCGGAGUUGUUCUCGUGUGUGUACCCGAGUAUUGACGAUUACGUGAAGAACGUGAACAAGGACUGCGAGAAGAGCUGCCCCGGCCCUUGCUCAACCUUCAUCUACGACACCACUCCAUCAGCAGCGCCCCUAUCCGAAUACUUCCUCGAGGAAUACUCCCACUACAAGGGACACAACGCAAGCUACUGGAGGAAGAACUUCGUUGAGCUGGAGAUCUAUUUGACGUCAAUGUCGUAUCAGUACAUUGAGAAGCGUUUGUCCUAUACCCUGCUGGAUCUGCUGUGCGACGUAGGGGGUGCCCUCGGACUGCUUCUGGGCGCAAGCUUCCUCACAGUCCUGGAGAUCAUCGACUUCGUCUUCGUGCGGACAAGAGGAUGUCGUCGGGGGAGUACACAAACUAAAAUGCACGUAAACAAGGUCCACGUGAAAGGCGACCCACGCUACUGAUUGGUUUGGAUCCCAGAUACGAUCGGUUGGAUCUGUCUGUGGGUGUCGCUCUGGAGAAUGGAACGUAUUACCUUUUACACGAGUAUUGCAGGUACCUGGACUCUUGGUGAACGCGCUCAUUUGUUCCCAGACUACUUUCAAAAGGAAAAAAACAGUUUGUCUUUGGUUUUCCAAACAAUGUUCGCUGGAGAAGAUGGAUGUCUAGAAGAAAUGAUGGACAAAAUACCCUGUCGCGAACCAAAGUCCUCCGAAUGGUAUGACACCCGUACCGCUCUAACUGAAAUGAUUUAGCCAACUGUGCGUCACAU